AUAGCCUUCAUGCUAUUCAUAUUAAUCUAUUAGAUUAGAUGUUUUUGGCAUCUCCAUUUCUUGACCAAUUUAUAUGGGCAUUUCAUUGUUUUAAAUAUCAAGAGGAGUGUCAAAUUUUCAUCACUUGCAGUAGUUUUGGAGACCUCCAUGAGUAUUGUAGCCAAGAAGUACUUCUUCAAAGUCUACGUUCCAGAGAAACACUAUGAAAGAAUGCUUAUCCCCAAUGUUUUUGUGAAGUGGACACGUUUAAAAGAAAGGAUCCCUGAAGAUGUGAUCCUCAGAAAUGGUAGUGGGAGGGUUUGGUGUGUGAAAACACGCCGUAUUGGAGACAAGUUGUUCCUUGAUGAGGGUUGGAAGGCUUUUCGAGAGGAAAACUGUGUAGGAAAAGCAGACUUUAUGGUUUUCAAGUACAAUGGGAACAAGGAGUUCAAGGUUAUAGUCCUUGAACUAUCUACACAGUGUGAAAAAACUGUCAUAAAGUCCGAGGUAGAGGAGGAGGAGAAUAUGGAUGAAGGCAAAGUAGCUGCAGAAGAAGAUGAGGAAGAACAUGAAGGCAAGACAGAUGAUGAAGACGGCGAGGAGGAGGAGGAUGACGACAAUAAUAGUGACAAUGAUUAUAAUGAUAACGAUGAGUUUACAGAGAUGGAAGAAGAGAGUGAAGAAGAACAUAAUUUUCAAUACAUGAAGGCAUCAAGGAGUCAAAGUAAUAGUAGAGCCUGCAAAAGGGAGACUGCAACAAGUUCCACACCCAAGAUUGAGGAUCCUCAAAUUGAAGACUAUGAAUUUGAUCCAGAAAUGUAUAUUCAGUCUGGCAAUCCAUAUUUUGAAGCAAAAGUCUAUAAAAGUAGACGCAACGAAAUGCAUGUUCCAGCAAAUGUCCUUAGAAACUCGUCCCUUACUUUUCCAGAAAAGAUUACCCUUUUACCUUGCCAAUGCUCCCAACGCCAGGAUAUUCAAAGAAAUGAAUUACGGAAGUAUCAUCUCAGCUUGUCACAACAAACACCCAUAUGCAGAAGAUAUUGGGAAGCAACAAAAGUGUCAAAGUGGAAUGAUGGUCGAGUAUGUGUUAGAGGGUGGGGAAACUUUUGUAGGAGGCACAAGAUCAAAGAAAAGGAUGUAUGCAUCUGUGAAAUUAUAUCAGGGGAAGACCAAGUAAUAAGAACAAUUCGGGUGCACGUGCUUGAACGGAUGAACAGACUAAGGAAUUGUACUAGCAGUAAAAUUGGACAUUAAACUUGCUUAUUGUUAAUACUUUGAUGAACUAAUGCUUAAAGUUUUUUCUUUUUUUUAGUUUAUGCUAUUUUAACAUGGAAUGAUAAUCAUAUUUAUCUGUACAAUCAUUUAGGUUAUUUACUUUAUUUGACAGCUUAACCAUUUCUCCUAUUCUACU